AACAAAGGGAGGAGGGCGGGGGAGGCUCCGCAUCCUUGGCUUGCUCUCUGCAAUGGACAAAUACUAUCAGAAACAAAAAGCAUGGCAUAGUUAGCAGGAGCUCAGUGCUUUAGAAUUAAUGGUAUGUAUUUAAGUUCCUUUUAGGGGAAGCCUUCUGCAAUUGGGGGUAAAAAAAAUUCUUGGUUUUAAAGGCUUCUGUCAUUGUUGCCCACAAGCAGAAGAGAAAGGCGCUUUCUUUGUCAUCCGGGGGUUUAUGGCAACACCUUAAUAUGUCCUUUUCAUAGGUGAAGCAAGGCACACAAAGCAGCCGCGUGCCAAUGCGUCCCCCCCGCCACCAGUAAAAUAAAUAAAUGGAGGAACGCGGGGACGGCGGCCGUCGUAAUCCCUCGGCAAAGAGGCAGAGAGGAUGGUCUGGCGGGGUAAAUAUCGCACGUCUCCUGCCAAACCCCGCGUGGGCUAUUGUCCCGCCACCCCUUUUAGAUGUCAUUAAGGAUUUUUCGCAUACAACCAAACGAGCGGAGGGGAUGAACACACUCGCUUCUUCCCCACCAGUUGGAGAAGCCAUGACGAGGCGGCUGGGAGCCGGCGCAGGAAAAACACAGGGCAAAUUAGGAAGUAUGUUAAUUCAGUUAAUAUCACAGAGGGGCUGGCGGGCGGUGGGGGGGAGGUGUGUGCGCAGAUUUUCCGCCCGAGGAAGGAGGUGGCAGAGAAAGAACUGGGGCAUGCCAGCUCCCGUUAUUGUUCUGCCUUCAUCGGUAAUUAGCAAGAUAAGGAGGGGACGGCGUGAGGGAGGCAGCGUGGCGAGGACAAGGCAGCGCUGCACCCCACCUCAUGCCCAUGCGGCCAUCUUACAGGCGGCGCUCGCCUCCCGCAAAAUGGCCGCCGGGGCCCACACUGCCUCAGGCCCGCAGCUGGCCCAUCCCAGUGGGCUCCCUUCCGCCAGCCCCGAGGCAGUGGGCACCCGGGAGCAGUGGCAGCCAGUAAAGGGGGGCCUCAGGAGAAAAGGAGUUGCCGUGGUGGGCCAGAGUGCGCUGGCGAGCAGCCAUCUUAGCACGGGCCCUGCUUGCGGUGCCUUGGGCACGCGGCACUCCCACAGCUCUUUCCCCAGCCCUCCUGGCUGGAACACUCUUGGUACAUUUCUCCUUCACCAGGCAGCACACAUUGCCUGGGCCCUGCCCGUGGCCACAGAGGUGGCUUUUCCUUGCCAUAGCUUUACCGUUGGACACGAGCGGGCUGAUCCCCACACAGGCAACCGCCUGCCUCACUGCGUCCCAGCGAGUUCUGAAGGCUGCCAGGCACUGGACUGGCCCUGGAAGACACGGCCUGGACAGAUAGAGUAUUCCAAGAGCUACAAGGCAAGAUGUCACCUGACCAGCCAUCAGAGAGAAAACCAAGAUGCAGAGAUGCCUUCGAACCGACAGCCCCUUCAUUUUUCCAGAGGUGUGUUUUAAUGAGUGACUCGCCUUCCAAAAAGGGGCCGGCAAAGGGGAAGGACGGCAGAUUCUCCACACAAAUUCAAUAGCUGGUAGGUUGCCAUGGGCUAAAGCAUUUCUUUGCACACAUGAAGGGAAGGGACUCCAGAGCACUAAGGGUUUUGCCUCCCAUGAGUUAUAGCUCUACCCUUCAAGAGCGGAAUAAAUGCUUUAUCCCAUUGCAGCCUGUGAUGUAUUCUACAUAGAUGGAUUGAUUUCCCCUAUUGUUCUUAAUAAAUCCUGGUGCAUG